AUGGCUGUAUGUAAGGAGCCCAGCAAAGGGCGGGACCCCAUCCGCCCAAAGCAGGGACCAGCCAGGCUCCAUCACUUUCUCAGAAGUUUCUCAUUUAACAACAGUGCAGGAGAAGAGUUUUCUCUGGACAAGAAUGAGGAGAUAGUAGCUGGAUUUGAUGUGAUCAGCUGGGCUAUGUCUUCCAAAAAAUCUUUUCACAGAGUGAAAGUUGGGAGGAUGGAUCCCCACUCUCCUCCAGACCAAGCGUUUAGCAUAGAUGAGGAGGCAAUAUUGAGGAAGAGCUUGUUUAAGCAGGUGGAAAGAGACUUCAUCAUUGGUGGCAUUACUUCUCAGGCCUUUGUUAUCUCCAGUUCAAUUGACUUCACUGAAGAACCCCCACCUCCAUUGCCCAAGGAACUACUUGUACUGAGUAAGAACUACCAGCACAUCCUGGCUUUUACAUUUGCAGUAAAGGAAAUCAAUGAAAACCCUCAGAUCUUACCCAAUGCAACUUUGGGAUUCCACAUCUAUGACAGCUAUUUCAAUGCAAAAUGGACUUAUCAUACAACAUUGCUACUUACAUCCUCAUUGGAGAGAUUUGUCCCCAACUACCUUUGUGAUACCCAGAAUAACCUGAAAGCAGUCAUUGGGGGACUGGACCCCUUAACAUCCCUUAAUGUGGCAACUGUCUUGGAUAUUUACAAAAUUCCACAGCUCAUCUAUGGUCCUGCUCCAGUGAUGAAUGAUAAAACCCCAGGACUUCCAUUCUAUCAGUUGUUCCCAAAUGAACAACUUGAGUAUCAGGGGAUUCUCUCUUUACUUCUGCAUUUCAGCUGGACAUGGAUUGGGAUCCUUGUUAUGGACAAUGACAAUGGAGAAAGAUGUGUGGAGACUGUCUUUCCAUUGUUUUCCAAAAGUGGUAUUUGCUUUGAGUUCAUAGAAAGAAUCCCACAAAUAGCAUUUCUCUCAGACGUUAUGGACAUGAUGAGAGAUGGGGCAAAAAUACAUGAUAAAGUCAUGGAGAGCAAAGCCAAUGUGACACUGGCGUAUGGAGAAUCUUACUCCAUGGCAUUGUUUAAGUUUGUUGGAUACUUAUCAGAACUAGAGCUUGCAACAAAUGCACCAAAAGGUAAAGUGUGGAUAGGAACAGCCCAGACAGAGCCGACUUCAUUUGUCUUUCAAAGGACCUGGGAUAUAGACAUAUUUCACGGAUCAAUAACCUUUACGAUCCAUUCUAGUGAAUUACCUGGAUUUCAUCAAUUUGUUGAGAACAGAAACCUGACAGCAGGGGAUGAUUUUUUCCUGGACUUCUGGGAACAGGUUUUUGGCUGUGUCUUUUCCAAUGCAUUGCUGGAUGAGGUGGGGCGGGAUAUUUGCACAGGGGAGGAGAAGCUGCAGAGUCUUCCUGGGUGUGUUUUUGAAAUGAGCAUGACUGGCCAUAGCUACAAUGUCUACCAUGCGGUCUAUACUGCGGCCCAUGCUUUACAUGCCAUGAUCUCAUCAAGACUUCAACAAAGAGCAAUGAUGGGUGGAGGACGGCUCCAGAAUCGACAGUGGUGGCAGCUGCAUCACUUUCUGAGAGGUAUCUCAUUUAACAAUAGUGCUGGCGAAGAGGUUUCCUUUGAUCAGAAUGGUGAGAUAGUGGCUGGAUUUGAUGUGAUCAACUGGGUUACUUCUGCUAACAAAUCCUUUCACAGAGUGAAAGUUGGGAGGAUGGAUUACAAGGCUCCAUCAAACCAAGCAUUCACCAUCAGUGAAGAUGCCAUAUCAUGGCACAGAGAGUUCAAUCAGACGCGGCCCGUUUCUCUAUGUAGUAAAAGUUGCCAUCCCGGUUCCAGGAAGAAACUGAAGGAGGGAGAGCCGUUUUGCUGCUAUGAUUGCAUCCCAUGUCCAGAAGGGGAGAUUUCAGACCAAAAGGACAUGAAUGACUGUAAUAAAUGCACAGAUGAAAACUAUCCAAACAGAAACCGGGAUUUAUGCAUUCCAAAGGACAUAAGCUUCUUGUCUUAUGAAGAACCAUUGGGGCUUACUUUGUCCAGUUUUGCUCUUUCCUUUUCUUUCAUCACAGUUCUGGUGCUAUGGACAUUUAUGACGCACCACAACACUCCCAUUGUCAAAGCCAACAACCGGAACCUCACCUACACUCUCCUCAUCUCCCUCCUGCUCUGCUUCCUUUGCGCUUUGCUGUUCAUCGGCCAUCCUGAGAAGGUGACGUGUCUCUUCCGACAAACUGCUUUUGGCAUCAUCUUCUCUAUGUCUGUUUCUUGUGUGCUGGCAAAAACCAUCAUGGUGGUUCUUGCUUUCAUGGCCACCAGGCCAGGAUCCAGCAUGAGAAAGUGGGUGGGGAAAAGACUGGCCAAUUCUAUUGUUAUUUCCUGCUCCCUUAUUCAAACAGGGAUUUGUGUUGUGUGGCUGGUGAUAUCUCCCCCAUACCCAGAUGUUGACAUGCAUUCAGUGGUUGAGAAAAUUGUACUGGAAUGUAAUGAGGGCUCUGUAGUUUUCCUUUACUUUGUCUUGGCAUAUAUGGGCUUUUUGGCCACUGUGAGUCUCACAGUGGCUUUUCUUGCAAGGAAACUACCUGACAGUUUCAAUGAAGCCAAAUUUAUCACAUUCAGCAUGUUGGUGUUUUGUAGUGUUUGGUUAUCCUUUGUUCCAACAUACCUGAGCACUAAGGGGAAAUACAUGGUAGCUGUGGAGAUCUUUUCUAUCUUAGCCUCCAGUGCUGGGCUGCUGGGUUGCAUCUUUUCCCCUAAAUGUUACAUUAUAAUGCUGAAGCCUCAGCUGAACAACCGGGAACAGCUAAUAAGAAGAAGGUAUUACUGA